GCAGGUUGCAGCUGCCUGCCUACGCUGUCCAGGGAUUGAACGGCAUUAUCCGUUUCGCCGGACAGCUAAAUCCCCCAGCUUUAAAGAUCACUCGCCGCCAAUGCUCACACGCAGCGCAUCUCAAGAAGCCAUCGACCACAGCCAAGAUGUCGGCGGCGGCGGCGGCGGAGUACCCGUGGCGCGCGCAUGUCUUCGGCGACGCCGUGACCACGCAGCGCACUGUGCUGGCGCUCGCGUCGUACCCGGUGCUCCUCCUCCUCGUCAUCCUGGCCGCGUUCGUCAGGUACCUGUGGAUCGCUCUGGCCAUGUACUGCGCGCUCAUGUUCGUGUUCUCGUGCGCCGCCCGCACCUUCGCCGCUCGAACCGCCGAGGCGGCGCGGCAGCAGCAGGCAGGUAGCCGCGGCGGGCUCUCGGCGGCGGCCAUAGCGGCGGUCGCCCCAGCGUUCCCUUACGACGCGGCGGGCGCCGAGGCGCAGUGCGCGGUGUGCCUCGAGGCGGUGAGAGGCGGGGAGGCGGCACGGCGGCUGCCAGCGUGCACGCACAUGUUCCACGUGGGCUGCAUCGACAUGUGGCUCGACUCGCACGCGACGUGCCCGGUGUGCAGGUGUCACGUCGUGCCGCAGAAGGGUGGCAAAGAGUCACCGGCCGAGCCGCCGUUGCCGCCGGUGUAGUUCCCGGGACUGCUGCAGUGUAGUCGACCGGCAGAUACUCUUGCACAUAUUAGAUGUUACUUAGGAGCGAUAUUUGUGUUAGGAUGCUUUCUCUGCUGAUUGUAUAUACCGACAUGUCCAUGGUUAUGCAGUUUUGCUACUUAAUCUGGCAAGUCUGCCAGUUUUGCUGGUUGUAAAUGAUCUGGGCAGCCCGUAAAAAUCAGCAGACACUGACGAUCAUGCCGACAAAGCCUAUUAUACCAAAAUAGAUUCUUCCAUUCUUUUUU